AUGGUUCAUCACGACCCCAACGCCAACCACCCCGUCGGCCUCCUCAUCGAGCCAAACUCGGACGGCUAUGUCGUCCGCCGCUUCCCCCACGACCACACAGAUCUCUACGGCGAGGACCCAACCGAUCUAGAACUCCCCGGCUCCCACGGCCCCUUCAACCUCGUCCACGUACGCUGCCACAAUGCCCUCAGAACGACCACCAUGGGCAGCACCAACGUCACCGUGCGCACCAUCCAAUUCGGAGAUGACGACGACGCGCUCGAGGCGGCACUCGCUCACCACACAGACUCCCUCGUCAUCGCCGUCCACGGCGCCUGCCCGCCCCAAAACAGCCCAGACCAGCCGCCCACCAGAUCCGCCGUCGGCGUCCACCUCGGCCCCGGCAACCCCCUCAACCGCGCCUGCCGCAUCCCCGACGCCAAAGACCGGGGCCAAGUCAUGAAGGAUACCGACGGCAGCGACGGCCGCAACCGUCCGCAGCACACGCAGCAGCGCGCGGAUCUCUACGCCGCCAUUGCGGGGCUCAUGGAGGCGACCACGAUUGCCACACGGGGCCUGCCCGCCCGCGGGAUGCGGUCGCAGCCAAAGCCGUUCAAGUUACACCACGUCGUCGUCAAGAGUGACUCGGCGUACGUCGUCGAGGGCGUCGCGGGCGGCAGGAACGGGGAGCCGCCGCACAUGAACAAGUGGCUUGCCAACGGGUGGAAGAACACAAAGGGCGAAAAGGUCAAGAACGAGGAUCUGUGGGAUAAUUUGAUGCUCACCAUGAUGUCACUGGGUCAGGUGGGCGUAGCGGUGGAGUUUUGGCAGGUGCCCAAGAAGGAGAAUAAGGAGGCCGACAAGCUUGCGAAGCUUGGGCUCGAGCAGGAGGUUAACUUCUUUGACGAGAAGAGUGUCUUUGGCAAGGAGGAUCACAGCAAGAAGCCGGAUGCUGUCGGUGAUCAGUUGGUUGCGAUGGAAUGA